ACAAGGUCUUGUGUUGCAGGCUAGAUUUUUGAAAGUGUAUUUUAUGACAAGUUAUAUUGCUUAAAAAAUCUUUAUUUUUGUAGUUUUUAUUUCAUAUCAAAUGCAGAGUGUUCUUAGUGAAAACAAAUCAGUUAAAAAUUGAAUAUAUUUAGAGUAUCAAUAAAUAGGUAUAAAUAGGUUUUGUUCUUUAAAUAGAUGGAUAGAAUAAGUAUACUGGUGAAGAACAGGCUUUGGAGUCAGAUUUCAGAUAAUCUCAUUAGCUGUGUGACUUUGGACAAGUUAUUACCUUCACUUAACCUCAGUUUUCUCAUUUGAAAAAUAGGAUCAAUCUUGCCUGCCUUAUGGGGUUUUGUGAGGAUUAAAGGAGAUAAUUUAUGUAAUGUACUUUGCUCAGUAUUUGACACAAUAUGUGUUCAAUACGUGUUGGCUUUAUUAUUAGGGAAGGCUGAGAAAAUACCUAUUCUAAUCUUUUUGCUACCUAAGAAUCCUUUGACCAUUCCUUUUUUAAUGAGCCCAAAAAGUUUUGAAAGACUUUGCUUACCAAUCUAUACUCAUUAAAUAAUAAUUAUUCCUUUUCCUCCACUUUAAAAAAUAAAGCACAGACAAGCUACCAAUCACAGGCUUGGAUUAUCAUUUGAUAACCAGUCUUAUCACACUGAAUUAAUAGAAUGCUAGCCCAAAGUUAUGUUUUAGUUUUAUUCUGCAGCCUUAUAAUGGGUUGCUUUUACUAGGUUUGCAUAACUCUCCUGGUCAAAGGAUUUUAGAUUAAGAUCUAAUGAUGUAAUAUUUCAUUAUCUGUUAUACUGUCAUUGUUCAGUUCAUUGUCCCACUUAUAUUUUUAUUUUCAUGUUAGACACGAAUUAUUUUAAAACAGUCUGAGCCCUGUUUAUAAACUUUAUACCGAAUGCAGUCAGUAAUGUUUAAUAAUGAUAAAUAGUCUAGUCAGUUGUGUAAAGAUGAGUUUAUCAAGGAAUUAUUCUACAUUUUUAUAAUACAUUGCUUAGUAUUGUUACUUUACUAAGGGUAGAAAAAUGUGUGAGGUCACUACUUGUGUACCUACAGCAAUAAAUAAUUUUGGCAUAAUUUGUCAAUCCCAAUCUUCAGUUGUAAAGUAACCUUGGAACAUUGUUUAGUGUAAUAUAUAAUAUGAAAUCAUAGAGGAAAUAUGUCACCUGUGGCUUCCUUUCAUUGGAUAUUAAAGACGUUUAAGUAACAUUUUCAAGUUGGCUGCUUAAUUGUUAAAGUUGCUAUUCAGUAAUUUCCUUUAUUUCUAUAUUUUUCCUGAGUAUUUUCAUUGAAAUGAAACAGUUUUCUCAUUUUAGAGUGAUCUAUAAAUAGUUCUAAUCUUUCUGAAACUGGAAAUUUGAUUUAUAUAUUUCAGUUGAAAAUUUACCUCAUACUAUAUGUCUUUUCUUUUUUGCCAAAGCAUUGUAUAUUGUACAGAUGUUUGUCUGUGUCACUCAUUUCACCAUUCUCCCCACUCCCGUUAAGUGUUUAGUUAUGUGACCCCUUUUGCAUUAUUUUUGUAGAUAAUUAGCCCCAACGUAUCAAUUAGACUGACUCUUAGCUUAGCCACCUCCUCAGCUUCCUUUUGCCAGUAAAUUUGACACACAUUUAAAAGGAACUUUUGGGAAAACGUUAGGAAAUGUGAUUUGGAUGGUCAGGUUAUGCAGUCAUACAUUGCUUAAUGAUGUGGAUAUGUUCUGGGAAUUACGUAGUUAGGUGAUUUUAUCAUUGUGUGAACAUCAUAGAGUGUACCUAACACAAACCUAGAUUGUAUAUCCUGCUACAUGCCUACGCUGUAUAGUAUAGCAUAUUAUUCUUGUCUAUAAACCUGCAUAGCAUGUUACUGGAGUGAGUAUUUGUGUAUCUGAACAUAUCUAAACAUAGAAAAGGUAAUGCAUUGUGUUAAGGUGUUUAGUUGGUUAUGAUGCCACUGAGCUAGAGGAAUUUUUGAGCUCCAUUAUGUUGUGGGAUGUGGUUUGUUGUUGACAGAAACAUUAUGUGGUGCGUGACUGUAUGGUUAUUCUUACCAUUUCCAAUAGUCUGUUAUUGUCUUACAAUUUCUACUUAUCUGACUGUCCUCUCGGACAAAUAUAUAACCUUGUUCCACUAACUGUGUAAUCUGAGUGUGGUUUUGAUUCAUAAGGCUCCCUUCUUAGUCCUGGCUAUGUGCUGGCCUCUGGCUAAGUACUUUAGGGUUAAAUCUCUAGUCCAUAAAUAUUGUGUUUGCACAAUCACAGAUGCCUGCCAUUGCUGACUUUUAAUUCCUGGAUUCUUCUUUCUCACUUUUAUUAGAAGCAGUAAUACCCAGCUACUACUGCUUGACUUUGCUUUACAGUGCUUGGUCUAGAUUUCUGGAGGUUUUUGGUAAUUCCUGUUUAGGCAAAAAUGAGGUAUUGGGUAAUAGGAGUUGAGAGUGAGGCAGCUGUCCUCAAAAUAAUAGUGUGUUAGUUGGUAAGAGGAGACAGAUAAAAUGAAAGAUGAUAAAAGGAGAAAGGACGAGUGACCAGGCCAAGAUAUAAAGGACUUCAAAAAUGCUAGCCAAAGGAGGUUAAAAAGAAAAUAAAGGUUCUCACUCUAACUGUAAAGCCUUAGUGUAGUCACUUAAUAGGCCUCAGCUUCUCCAUCUGUGAAAUGAAACAAUAGGGCUGUGGGAUCUCUAAAGCCCUUUCCAGUCUAUGAUUCUGUAGCAAGAUUGACACUGGGAAAAGGGAAACAUGCCAAUGACAUGGAGCCAGGAAUUGGCAUUUCCCUUGCAUGUUCUCAAAGGCUAGCAAGUUGUUUGCUUAUUGUUUCUUCUGAUAAGAACAAGAAAGAAAGAAAACCCACAGCCUGGUACUAGCAUAAUGGCCAUACCUAUAGCAAAAUCUCAGAAGGUUCCACCAUUUCAAUGGCUUCUGUAGAGAGCGGUGGCCAAGUGCCCUCAUUUUCUCACCCACAUAGGAAUUAGCUGAGUCUCACAGCUUGAGUUCCUGCCGAAGCCAGCUUCUCUAUGUAUGUGUGCCAGACAAGUGUCUGACAUUUGGGGCUCCUCCUGUCUGUUGCUCACCAAUGAGAUAUUUAAAACAGGACAUAAUUCCCAAGUAUGUGGAUAGGCAAUUUAACAGAGAGAGAGCGAGCGAGAGAGAGUGCGAGAGCGAGCGAGCGCAUGCGCAUUCUCUUAUCAGAAUAAAAAUUAAUUUAGGUUUCUGUUGAUCUUGUUUUUAAGACGUUUCUUCCCCAAUUAUUGAAGCUAUUCAACGGGUUUUUAAGAAGUGCUAAAAAUCCUGUCAAGGCCUAGACAAGCUCUGAGAGCCUUUGGACUACUUUGGUGUCCCUGGUCUGGAAAGCAUUGCCAUCCUCCACACUAGUCUCAUAUUUUUCCAUCGAGACCAUCAUGCAGACAUCAGAGACUGGGUCAGACACAGGCUCGACAGUGACCUUACAAACUUCGGUGGCUAGUCAAGCAGCAGUGCCUACGCAGGUGGUACAGCAAGUACCAGUACAACAACAGGUACAGCAGGUACAGACUGUGCAGCAGGUACAACAUGUCUAUCCAGCUCAGGUGCAGUAUGUGGAAGGAAGCGAUACUGUCUAUACCAAUGGAGCAAUCCGAACAACAACGUAUCCUUACACAGAGACGCAGAUGUACAGCCAAAACACUGGAGGGAAUUACUUUGAUACUCAAGGGAGUUCCGCCCAGGUGACUACCGUGGUCUCAUCCCACAGUAUGGUGGGCACUGGUGGGAUUCAGAUGGGCGUCACAGGAGGACAACUCAUCAGCAGCUCUGGAGGAACCUAUCUGAUCGGCAACUCAAUGGAGAAUUCUGGUCACUCAGUGACACACACAACUCGGGCCUCCCCAGCGACAAUUGAAAUGGCGAUUGAGACGCUGCAAAAGUCUGACGGUCUGUCCACUCACAGAAGCUCUCUUCUCAACAGCCAUCUCCAGUGGCUGUUGGACAAUUACGAGACAGCAGAAGGAGUGAGCCUUCCCAGAAGCACUCUAUACAACCACUACCUUCGACACUGUCAGGAACACAAACUGGACCCAGUCAAUGCUGCCUCUUUUGGAAAAUUAAUAAGAUCAAUUUUUAUGGGGCUACGAACCAGGAGAUUGGGCACUAGAGGAAACUCCAAAUACCACUACUAUGGGAUUCGUGUCAAGCCAGAUUCCCCUCUUAAUCGUCUGCAAGAAGACAUGCAGUAUAUGGCUAUGAGGCAACAACCCAUGCAGCAGAAACAAAGGUACAAGCCUAUGCAGAAAGUGGAUGGGGUUGCAGAUGGUUUCACAGGAAGUGGUCAACAGACAGGCACAUCUGUUGAGCAAACUGUAAUUGCCCAAAGCCAACAUCAUCAACAGUUUUUAGAUGCAUCUCGAGCACUUCCAGAGUUUGGAGAAGUUGAAAUCUCUUCUCUGCCAGAUGGUACUACCUUUGAGGAUAUCAAGUCACUGCAGAGUCUUUAUAGAGAGCACUGUGAGGCAAUAUUGGACGUUGUUGUGAAUCUUCAAUUUAGCCUGAUAGAAAAAUUGUGGCAAACAUUCUGGCGCUAUUCUCCCUCUACUCCAACUGAUGGCACUACUAUUACUGAAUCGAGCAAUCUGAGUGAAAUAGAAAGUCGACUUCCGAAAGCAAAGCUGAUAACUCUGUGCAAACAUGAGUCUAUCCUGAAAUGGAUGUGUAACUGUGACCAUGGGAUGUACCAGGCUUUGGUGGAGAUUCUCAUCCCCGACGUCCUUAGACCUAUUCCUAGUGCCUUGACCCAAGCCAUUCGAAAUUUUGCAAAAAGCCUUGAAGGUUGGCUUUCCAAUGCCAUGAACAACAUUCCACAGAGAAUGAUACAAACCAAGGUUGCCGCUGUAAGUGCCUUUGCCCAGACUCUGCGAAGAUACACGUCGCUCAAUCACCUGGCCCAGGCAGCUCGUGCAGUGCUUCAGAACACUUCCCAAAUCAACCAGAUGCUUAAUGACCUCAACCGUGUCGACUUUGCCAAUGUCCAGGAGCAGGCUUCCUGGGUGUGCCAGUGUGAUGACAACAUGGUUCAGAGACUAGAAACAGAUUUCAAGAUGACUCUUCAGCAGCAGAGCACCCUGGAGCAGUGGGCUGCGUGGCUUGACAAUGUGAUGAUGCAAGCACUGAAACCCUAUGAAGGAAGACCCAGUUUUCCUAAAGCCGCCAGGCAAUUUCUGCUAAAAUGGUCUUUCUACAGCUCAAUGGUUAUUCGGGACUUAACCUUACGCAGUGCUGCUAGCUUUGGCUCCUUCCACCUGAUCCGUCUACUCUACGACGAAUAUAUGUUUUACUUAGUAGAACAUCGUGUUGCUCAGGCAACAGGAGAGACUCCCAUAGCAGUCAUGGGCGAGUUUGGUGAUUUAAAUGCCGUGUCUCCUGGAAAUCUGGAUAAAGAUGAAGGCAGUGAAGUGGAAAGUGAAAUGGAUGAAGAACUGGAUGACUCUUCAGAGCCUCAAGCCAAAAGAGAGAAAACAGAGCUGAGCCAGGCAUUUCCAGUGGGCUGCAUGCAGCCUGUUCUCGAGACUGGCGUGCAACCAAGCCUCCUGAAUCCAAUUCACAGCGAGCACAUUGUCACAAGUACUCAGACUAUCAGACAGUGCAGCGCUACAGGAAAUACCUACACUGCAGUCUAAAGAAUAUUAAAGCGUAUUUCUCCAGCUUACAUUAACCCUGUUGAUAUUGGGCUUAAGUUGAAAAUUUAAUAAGCCUGAAGGUCGACUGUUGUCAAAUUCUAUCUGUGCUGAACAUUAACUUUUUGGAGUUGUGAAAUGGAAUGGGUGUAUGUAUUUUGCCAGAUUUUUUUUUUUAACGUAAACAAAUUAUUUGCCUCUUAAUAAUGAAUUUUUUCCCUUAGUUUCAGGUGUCAAGAAGGAUUUUUACAACACUUAAUGUCAAUGUUUUGUUUUCUUAUAAUUAAAAAGUAAUUUACAUUUUUUUGUAGCUUAAAAUAUUUUCUUGUUGAUUGUUAGUCUUGGUGUAUGAUUUCAUGUGUAAGUUUUUAAAUUAGAUGCACUUCUGUGAAAUAUCAAAAGAAAUGAUUGUUUUGAUUGACACUGGAGGCAUGCCCAUUUGGCAGCAGAUGCAUCAAAUUUGCUUUUGAAAGGUGCUUUUCAUUGGACAGAACCAUAAGACACUAUUUUGAUAACAUUUUGAGUACGGAGAGAGAAUACAGAGCAUUUUUAUUAUAGUGCUAGAGGGUUUGGAAGGUCAUCUAUUUUUCGCUGAGGAAAAAUUGAGCUGUGCAUUUAUCAGUUCAGAGUAAAUGACAGAAUUGCAAGAGAUUAUGCUAAUAGGUACAUAGUUUGUGUACAUAAUUAUUAAAACAUGUUAACAAUGCAAGCUUCCGUUAAACAUUGAAUUUUAACUAUUAUUUGCAUACCAAUUCCUCUGUUUAAAGACUACUGAUUCUGUAUUUGGGACCACUGCACAGAUGCAUUCUGCUGUUAAGUGGGGGCUGUUAUAGUUAGAUACUGAAGCAGGAAAAAAUGACUUGACUUUUUUUUUUAAGUGUACAUGCUACUUAUGCUGAGCUGGACAUACAGGAAACCAUUCCAUUUGGAUGACUUUCUUUUAUUCCAGGUCUUUUUCCUAAUAGUAGUUCAAUAUGCUGCUAUUAUAAACGAGAAUUUAUAGAAUGCACGGAAUGUAGCAACCUACAUAAUGUUAUUUCCUUCAAAACUAUUUCCUGGUUUCUAAAGUAUGUGGAUUUAAAUUGUAAACAGAACCUGAAGGCAGUGUAACUGGCACACCUCACUGUUACUUAUCCCCAAUUCUGUAGGAUUUGGAUAGGUGGCUGGAUGGACCAUUGCCAUUGAAGAAUGUACAUCAGGGAUCAUCGUACCUCGGCUAUUACAUGGUGCCUUAAAACAGAACUGAAGCUAAGGUUUAGUAAGGUUUAUUUUGUUCAUGUGACUAACUCUUCAAUCCAUUUGACAAAGUGUGCCUGUCAUUUUCAGAUUCCCGAAGUAAGGACAGGUGACAUGUUCUUCAAAGGAAAUUUAGGGAAAACAAAGAAAAACAAAAAGACAAAAAUCAGUUUCCCUCUUUGAGUGACCGUGGAUCUAUUUUUUAUUCUUAGAGCUGAAUAUUACUUGAUUACAAAUCAGAUUGCUUAAGGGUGUGGAAUAGCAGGCUAGUUUUAAUACCAACUUGUUACAUAAAAUCAUAUAUGUUUUAGACCAUUCUUAUUUAGUUACAAUUUUAGAAAGUUAACAAAGUAAGCAGGUACUUAUCGAAGUGCAUCUUUUCAGUCUAAAUGUUUGUCUGUGUGUCUAGGUGCUGGUGUGUCCACAUGCACACAUGAGUGCCCAUGGGGCAGGAGUCUGCUACAAAGUCAGAAGGUGAGAUCCUAGAGAGUUAUACCCAGCCCCAUUUUAAUUUGCAUGAAAAGCCUAGGUUCUUUUAAGCGCUCAAAUUAUUUAAUGAUUAAAACACAAAAAAGACACAUCUGUUCAUUUAAAUAGUUGUAAAAAACUAAUCAGCAAAAAUAAAUAGAUAAUAAAGCCAAAAAAAAGGAAAGCACAAAAUGAUUGACAGAUUAUCAAAUGAGGCCUAUAUUAAAACCAAGAUGUUUAUCUUUCCAGUGGUAUUGGGGUAAGGGGGGUGGGGGGUUGGAAAGAAGAGGUGAGCCAGUCUGUAAAGUUAGAAAUACCAAAUGGCUUAUCAGGUAAUACACAGUGUAUUUAAGCUGCUGUUGCUUGAUUGCCUCAGACUACUCAAAUAACAUCAACGACAUUUCUUAAGUAAAAUUUAAAUAUUUUAGAUAUAAUUUUAAAAACUGAUCCAAAUUUUUUAUUUUACAACUCAUAUAUUUGAAAGUCUUCACUAGCAUGGUAGCAUCACCUUCAUCUAAAUAUCAUUUAAAUUACUGUCCCCCUUUUUCCUCCCAAAAAGACAAUGGAUUUGUACCAAAACACACACACAAAAGGCAAACAAAACAUGGUAAGCUGCAAAAGAUCAUGUAUCUACUUCAUUGUGCAUAGGAAGUGUUUACAGGUAAAAUUAAAAUCAAAAACUGAAAAAAAACUCUUCAUUUUGGCUCUUCUUUCUGAAUUUUUUCAGUUUCCUGUCUCUACCCACCAUCCUUUGAAUGAUACCAUAUCUGUAUUGGACCAAAUGUAUUUAUUGGUUGCAUUUUGUUUAUUGGAUGACUUUAAAUGUAUUUAUUAUCAUUGUUUCCUUUAAUUUAAUGUUGGAUAUAUUUGUAUCAUUACAGGAAUCUGAUAAUAAUGGGUAAAUUUAGAUUGAUGAGGCUUAGGGAUCGGGGAUGCUCCAGGAUUCAACAUUUCUUCCAAUUGUUCAUGGUUUGUUCUAAAUUAGGACAGAUUAAGAACUAAUAAACAUGAUUACAUUUGAACUAGACUCAAUAAAAAUAUUCUGAUCUCCUUUAUGAAUAUUUAGGAAUAUUCUUUGUGACUAAUGUAAGUAGUUUGGAUCAAAACAUAAAAAGAAGACCUAUGGUUUAUGCUACUUCUGGUUAUUUGUAGUUCACAGUAAAACAUGCACACACAUACACACAAACAUUUUCAUCAAUUUCAAAUUUGAAUUGUGAAAUAUUUGAGAAAAUAAAAACAUAAUUUAUACAUUUGAGCAAAUUGAGCAAUCACAUUUAUUGCAUCUAUUUCCAUUUUUCCCUUUUUUCAUUCAUUGAAACUGGGUUUUCUAAAUAAUAUUAGACACUAACACUCUUAACAGAUUUAUUCACAAAUGACACAAGUACACAUUUUAAGACUUCUUUGUAUUUCUUGCAAUUAUAACCAAUCACUAGUCAUGAAAUAUACCUACAUAAACCAAGUGCUACACUUUCAGUGAGGAAGCAUGUAAGGAAGGUAUGUUGACUGUUUUUAAGUUUCAGAAAAGAUAUUUUCAUAGGAUUGAGUAUCAUGGGUAUAGUUUGAUCUUGACAUAUACUUUGAAAAUCAUACUCAGAAGAUUUGCAUUCAUGAAACCAAUGAACAAUAGGGUGGAAUGGAUGAACCAGCUCCUUGGAAGACAGGGCCCAAUUUUCAAUUUUUUCUUUGGCUAUCAAGUUGCUAGUCACUUAUUCAGGAUUUUCAUCCAAACUGUGUUUGGACUGACUGUAUAAGUCUUACUGCCUUUUCAGAAAUCUGCUUUCCUUUGUGUGAUUUUUCUCGUACUGUAUAGCACGGUUUAUGCACCUCUCUUUAGAUGGUGUACUUUAAAACAAAGUAAAAUUUAGAAAAUGGUUUUAACACUGCAUACCUAAAAUUAGUAGUGUGCAGCAUUGACUGCCUUUGAUUUGUAGUAAACAAGUAAAAAUGAAUACGUUCUUGUAGAUGCUGUAAAAGUCAUUCAGGAAUGAAUACGGUUUUAGUGCCGUAAUCAUGAAUCUUUUUAUAUGAAUGCACUGUCUAAAAGUGCUAAAUGCAUUUUCAAAUUUUUAAAAAUUCCUCAGAUGAUAUAUUUGAAAUGUCUAAAAUAAUGCUGUGCUUGAAACAUUAGUGUAAAAGAAAAAAAAAAUGUGUGUCACUGUGAUGUUGGUCCUCCCCGUGUGGACACAAGUAGAAAGUAAAAACUUGGCAAGUCACUUUUGUGUACAGUUUGAGGCUGAGGCAGUGGUUAUAUACAAUACAUUGACCUUUAUUAGAUCCCCUGACACACACAUUCUUGGUGAGAAAAUAACAACCAUCCACAAAUUGAGAUCAGAACUUCUGUGAUCUGUAUGAAUCACACCAGAUCAUGGGGGAGGAGGAUUGGCAUGCAGUGCUAUUGAAAAUUGGGCUUGUUGCUAGAUCAGAACAACCUCCAUGUAUAUGGUUAGAACAAAUCAAUUAAUGGAAUCCUAGUAUUUCUGCAAGUUUGGUGAUUUUUAAAAACUGGAAUAGAAGCAUUAAUUCAGUGCUUAGUUCUAGUAUUAGAAAACCCUUUUGAUGUAAUGCCUUGUAUUAACCCUUUGAGCAUUGUAAGAUAUACAAUGGGGGACAAAAGCCUUUCAGAUCAUUUAUUUAGACUUAGACCGGUAAAGUAUACUCUAUAUCCAAAUGUCUAAUUAUGCUGUUUUUUUAAAGGGGGGGGUAGGAAGAGAAAGUGUUUCCACGCCGAACACUUGCAUUUUAUAUACAACUCUUAAUUUUUCUUCAAGAGGGCUUGAUAUAUUUAUUCCCAAAUAUUCACUGCCAUCUAAGUAAGUGUACUGUUUACAGAAAAAAAAAAAUCAACUUUUCUAGCAUCACACCAUAGUUUCUAGAAAAGGAGGACAAAUACAUGGGCCUGGAUAGACCUAUGUCAUAACUGAUUUCUGCACAUUGAAGGUACCUAGAUUGCCUUUAAAAGGUAUAAGGAAAGGGUUAAGUUUCUUUUUUUUUUUUUUUUCUUUUUUUCCCAAAAUGAAACAAAAGAUCUCAUUUAUUUAGCUUUAGAAAGUACAAGUGUAAGUGAAGCCUUAGGAAGAAACGAGUUCGAGUGGAUUAAGAGAAUCUGAACUCUUUGGGGGCAGUUAGGCUAUUUGGAGUUAGAUCGCUCAUAAAAUAUUGUUUGGGAAUUUCACACAGGGCAUAAUUUUAUCUAUGCUCCAAAACUUUAAUACUUUGUCAAAAAAUUAUAUAUAGAUAGAAUGGAGAGCAAAGCACUUGAUUUUAAGCUCAUCUGUCAGGAGAUGCUAUGACUACUGCUUCUGAUAUCUCUAAAUGUCAGUCUGCUUACACCAUUGCUGAUUUUGUUCAAGGGACUCGCUUCGUGCACUUGAUUCCCUCUGUUCCCUGCGUGAUCGAACAUGAAAGCAGUGUUGUCUGCAGAUGUGCUUGCGCUGCCCUAGCCGGGCGCAAAUAAGAGUGUAACCUAUUCUGAUGUCUGGUGAAAGGACAUCCAUAGCAUAGUGCAAGUAUGCCGUAAACAUUGCUUUUUAGGCAGUUUAGGAAGUCAAACCAUGCAAAUUACUCAUGUGUUAACAUGCAAUACUCAAAGGGUUUUAAUUUAACUCUCUUCUUUUGAAUUCUUCAUGAUGAUUUACUGUAAAUGCUUCUCAGUUUGCAUGCCUUGAUCAUUGCUGCUAGUGAUUUUAUGUGCCAGUAGACCUGAGUUUAGUUUACCAAUUUUACUUAAAUAGUAAAAGCCACUUACAAAGUGACUGCCUAGGAUUUUUUUUUUCCUUUCAUUUGAAAUAAUUGAUAAUACUUUUUUUAAAAAGAAAAAUGUGUUUUGUCUCUUCUUUUAUUUUGUUCUAUUUUAUUUUUCUCCCCUCUUUCCUUUGUUUCUUUAAAUAAAUUAUGAUGUUGGGAUUGGAAGCCCUGAGUAAUGAAAAUCUUUGGUAAGAAUUGUUUAUGUAGCUCAAUAAUGAGGACAACAAAUCUUUUUUAGAAGAAUUUUGAUUCUGGGGAGGAAAGAAAAUAUAAAAACUCCCAUUGACUGUUGAUAACCAAGUAAAUUUUUCCUUCAAUAAAUUAGUGUUUUUGAAGAAAUGAUCGCCUUGUUUUAACCUGCUAAACAACAAUUUUAAAUGACCCAAUAAAGAAGCUAUUGAAUUUUAUUCGUUUAAAAAGCAUCUUUUGUACCAAAGCAAAUUUUUUUCUCUACUCAUUUCUAUCAUCAAUUUGGACCUAUGGUGGUGACCAAUGCAUUGGUUACAGAAACUUUAAGUGAGUGCCUUGAAAAAACUUGGAAAUUUGUGCCUGAGGUGGUAAACUUUUAAUUAGGUUAAUUGUAGUGCUUACCAAUCAGUAACUUCACUAUCACUCAGGGCUUUCGUACCUUCUAGGUAAAACUUCUUUCAUUGUGUUUUUUUAAGAUAACUGUAUUUUUUUUAAGUGCCAUCAUUUAAAUUUCACUUAGUAAGUGGCCGAUUACAUUAUUCAGUCCCACAAGCACAGAAACAUAGUAACACUAGGAGAUAUUUGAACAUUUAUUUUACAAUCGACUGAAUAUAUUAUGUAAAUGAGGUAAGCAACUUUUGUAGAGAUUGUAUGUGUGAGAUAAUGUAAUGUUCUUUUCCAGUUUUUGGACUACAGUUGAAUAAACUUUUUAAUUAUUUAAAAACAUCUUUACCGAAUAACAUGUGAUGGUUUUUUGUAUAAUGUAUUUGAUUUUGUAAAUACGUAUUUCCUGAUGUGAUUUUUGUGAGAAAUGCUAAAUCUUUUAGUAUAUCAUGUCCUCUCAAAAUUGGCAGGAGCUAAAUAAUAGUUUGUGGGCGAUUUGUAUUGUGUACUGUACAAUAACUGGGGAACUUUUAUAAUUAUAAAAAUAUAUAUUAACUUUUAGUGUGUUGUUUAAACAAAUGACUGGAACAUACUAAAGAUAUUAGUAGGAUUUUUCUGAAUAUUUCAGACUUGAACUCAGGCUAGCUUUCUUGUGUUUUUCAAAACAAAAUGGUGUCUUGUCUUUUAAAAUCAAUAAAUUUGUUUCCUUGUUACAAAUA